CUCCUCACUCCGGCAAUCAUAUCUGCACGCCAUGUGCAGCCAUUGGAGGGCAAGCACGCUUGUUCCUACUGAUUUGGGACCAGCGUGAUAGCUCCUCUCAGGUACGACCGGCUGAGCCCACGGCAAGAUCGCCACGUGCGAGUACUCUCAAAUGGCGCCAGCAUCUGGUCUCCUCCAUCAUGCCAUGACCUGGUAUAUGCCCUGAGAGCAACAAGUUCAUCAAAUACCCAAUAUUCGAAGGAUACCUCAGUCUCUACAGCAAUCGAAAUGGUCACGCGACAGAAGAGUGUCAUUACGGACGACGCGCACCUUGCGGCGCUGGGUGUAAAGCAAGAGCUAAAGAGGAACUUCUCUCCACUCUCUAUGCUUGGGUUGGCCUUCGCAAUCCUAAACUCAUGGACUGCCUUAUCUACAUCAAUGUCGCUGGCACUGCCAUCCGGAGGACCGACCAGUGUAAUUUGGGGUCUGGUCACAGCUGGAUUCUUCAACCUCUGCUUGGCGGCAUCACUCGCAGAGUUUCUCAGCGCGUAUCCAACUGCAGGAGGACAGUACCACUGGGUACACAUCAUCUCCUGGCAUCAAUGGAAGCCGCUUCUCUCCUGGAUCACUGGUUGGAUCAACGUCUUUGGCUGGAUGGCUCUGACGGCAACGGGCGGUCUCCUCGGAAGUCAGAUCAUCAUCGGCAUCAUCGCAAUCUACGAUACGACCUACGAAGCACAGAGAUGGCAUCAAUUCCUUAUCUACAUGGGCUACACGAUCGUCGCCACACUAUUGAAUGCGUUUGGUAAUUCGCUUCUUCCCCUCAUCAAUAAGGCCGCCAUUAUGUGGAGCAUCACCGGAUUUGUUGUGAUUUGCAUCACAGUUUUGGCGUGUGCCUCGCCAGACUACAACUCUGGAGAUCUUGUGUACCGAACAUUCUUGAACGAGACCGGAUGGCCAGAUGGAAUCGCUUGGAUGCUCGGUCUCCUACAAGGCACUCUCGGUCUGACUGGCUACGAUGCCACUGCGCACAUGGUCGAAGAGAUUCCCAACGCAGUUGUCGAGGCUCCUAAAAUUCUGAUCUAUUGCGUGGCAAUCGGGACAUUCACCGGCUUUGUAUUCCUCUCCUGCUUGCUCUUUGUGGCGGGAGAUCUCACGGAUGUCAUUUCUUCACCAGCCGGACCACUCAAUCAGAUUCUCUACAACGCUACAGGCAGUCGAGCAGGCAUGGUCUGUCUGCUGAUGUUUCCGCUGAUAUGUUUGCUUUUCGCCACGACUGCGAUCAUGACAACCUCGUCAAGAAUGACAUAUGCUUUCGCUCGCGAUGGCGGCCUGCCUUUUUCACGGUACUUGGCCCGCGUCCACAAGAGGCUCGACGUGCCAUUGGAAGCACUUGGUCUUACAACAGCGGUUGUCACGAUAUUCGGUCUGAUCUUCUUGGGCUCAACAAGCGCGUUCAAUGCAAUUGUCAGUGCGUCUGUUGUUGCACUGGGGGUGUCGUACGGCAUACCCAUCACGAUCAAUUGCCUACGAGGCCGAAAGCAACUUCCCCCAACCCGAACGUUUGUUCUACCAGAAUGGCUCGGCUGGACAGUCAAUCUUAUGGGAAUUGCAUUUGUCCUCGUCACCACCGUUCUGUUCGUCUUCCCACCCGAGCUUCCAGUGACUGGCAGCAACAUGAACUACUGCAUUGUCGCGUUCGCUGUAGUCUUCAUCAUCAGCGUCGUUCAGUGGUUCGUGGACGGCGCGAAGAACUAUUCCGGACCGAAGCCAGAUCUUACUCUGGUCGCGAUGGACACGUCAGAUUCGAUUCCUGAGCACGACGCACUUGGCUCCUCAGCACUCAAAGACAAAAGACUGAGCGUCUGAAGCAGAGGUGGCCCUCAUAGUUAGCAAGACAGAAAAUGUGAAAUAGCCUGUGCAAGAAUGGAUUAUACGCCUUGACUUCAUUUUGAAACUCUGUUCCACUGUUCUGUAGCACGGUGUUUGCUUGUCUACCAGACUCUAAUUUUGUUUCUCGAGGCUCUGCUGGAGUCCUUCGUUGUCGUUACAUCGGCAACUGCUACUCCCUCCAACAACGGAUACCUGACAACCGACGCGGGGUUGGCUAGAACCUCAGUGAAGCAUGAACAUAGGCUCCGCCAUUCCGAUGUGCUCUUUUGCCAGCGCACAUGGUCCGAACGACAUUUCCAGAUGUCAGACUGAUUCGGAUGUCCUACAUAGUCUGAUCGGCGGUCGUAGCUAUCCUCUUGCCAAUACGACAGCGGAAUUGAGAUCCAUAGUUGCCAGCAAUACCCACAACGACCUUGAAUCCUACCGAAUGCGAACUGACCCGGUCAAGGAUCAUAUCGAUC